UACAAUCAGUGUAAUCUGAAUUUGGUUACUCCCCGCCAAGUCCGAUAUCUUUACAUCGCGGAUAAUGUAGAGUCUACUACUGAGACCUACUCUAGUGGUGUGAUCAUUCGCAAGUCGUUGGCCGCCUUCGCCGGUUCUGCAACCACCGAGGCACCAAGUGUCACAUGCAAAGCUACCUGGUUGAUGACUCGCCGUCUAGCUUCCUCUUCCAACGGAUUGACCAAUAUGCCCCAGCUGAACGGCGACCAGCCACAUAUACAGCCAGGUAUUCCACCGGAUAUCUGCGAUGGCAGCGCAGAUGGUCUCUCUAAGACAAGCGAUGCCAAUUCAACUGUAAAGCCUAUUCACGAAUCCAAAAUUCGACUGGAGUCUACACCAGGCACCAUCCUUGAGUCAACUGGAUCACUAGGUUCCCAGGACGAUCAAGAUAACUCAGGAUUUGGUGACCAAUCGUUUAAGCUACGAGUCAACUCGGAUGGCCUGGUUCUAGGUCCUUUGCCCCAGCCGCCGUUAUCUGGACAACAGCAGCAGCAGAAGCUGUUACUGCUGCCUCAGCAGCGCACCAAUCAAGAGACUUGGCCAGACAGCCUUGCCAUUUUGCGCUGGUACCAGGCUCGGUUGUCACGUUACCGAGUUUCUGGUCUGGUUCCUUGGACAAGCGACCUGGCUGCUGAAGCUGGUUGGUCGGAUGGGCGAGCUCUUCUUUGUUUGCUGCAUGCGUACUUACCCGAGGUCAUCUCUACCGAAGUACGUACUAAUCUAGAACGGCAUCUUCUUGCACCACGAUCCCCUAGUACGGCCAAGUCGACUAGUGCAGAACUCUUUAAUCCCGUACAAACAUCUUCUGACGAGGACACGCUAAGAGGAUUCACUUUAGAAAUGAUUCUUCGGUUAUAUCAAGACAGAUUUGGUUUCGACUGUCAAGCUCUGCUAAAAUCACCGCCUCAGUCUCCCUCACCAUGUGUAGAGGUUGAGUUUUCUGAACUUAUUGACGAAGAAUCCUCUCAACAAUUUCUUCAGGCCAGUGCAGAGACAGCAGCCUGGUCGGCUGUUUGGUUGAGUUAUCUUUUGCGAGUUUAUAAGGCUUUAUGCAACCUCCCGUCCAAAGGCUUGGAUGCACUUUAUCAUUCCGGUGAGACUAUUUAA